CGGAGAGCGGUCGCCAGGAUACUCCGGUAAACAGCCUCUGCAGCAUGUCCCAGCUACAGUUUUUGGAGCUGCCCAAGGGAGUUUACUUGCCCUUGACUAUAGUUAACCCUGGUUUGUGGUACUGGAAAGAAGAUACUAGAACACUUGAAUUUUCAAGUGUCCAGCCUAAGGAAGAACCAAAGGAAAUUAAGGAGAAAAGUAAGAAAGGCAAGACCAUCCAGUUUCUGGAACUUGGAGCAAAGCCACUGGAAAGGCCAAGUCCUAAUUUGUUUCGAAAUCUGUUUACCUUGCGUCUUUCUGCCCAAGAAGACAAAACCCCUCGGCCAACCAAGAGAGCACAGUCUGAAUUCAUAAGUCUAGAAGAUGUUAAGUAUGCUGCUUUAUUUCUGGCACAUGAAGAUGAUUCCAUUUACGUUCCUUCUUUCUCUUUAGUUAUGAGGUGUAAGCAAUUGGAUGAUUUCCUCAUGGCUCUGUUGUACUACAUUUCUUUUUAUCUGGAAAAAAUAACCUUGGAGGUGAAACCCAAGUCUUUUAUGGGAAAGCCCAGCAUCCUAGAAAAAAAGGAAAUGAAGGAUAACCAAAUUAAGCUGGCAGUGACCAAAAAGCACCUUGCUGAAAUGUACUGCAUCCUUAUCCUUGGACUGGGAAUGUCUGAUCAGCAUCACAUGGCUUGUGGAAAAAAGAAAAUAUCAUCAACUCAGAAAGACAGGGAAUUCUUUGAGUGCUUGUACAACUUUGCUUCCUACGUGGCUUUUGUGACAUUCAGACAGAAGAAUCUCAAGGAAAUUCAGCAAGAAGUUGGUAGAUUGCUCCGGUCAAAUAUAUUCAAUCCUGCUUUAAGAGAGAGAACUAAAUCUAACAUGGCGAUGAAGACAGAUACUACCAAAGAAUUGAAGAGAAUCAGAUUUGCCUUUCGCAAGAGUACAGAUGUUAAGCAGCCAGCCAUAAGAAGUGUCAUGGAUCAGCGAUCACCAGUGCUUAGUACUUUGCUGCCUAUGGCUAAAGAUAGUGCUCAGUAUCUCUUCCAGGACCAUUACCUUUGUUCCAGCAAAAUUGCCCCAGGCUAUAGUCCAGAAGACUUACCAGAGCUGUAUUCUAUUGUGUCACCAUCCAAGAUUGGCAUUAUUGGGUGUCAACGGAACAAAUUUGUCCCUCACACGCUCUUACCUAUUGGGAACCAUGAGGAUGAGAAGGAAGAUGGGGAGAAUCUUGAAACAAAGACAAGUGUCUCUUCAAACCUGUCCCAGGAACUAGCCACAGGCUCUAGCAGGGCUGGUCAAAGCAGUGCCAGCCACCAAUCUCUGGCAGUUUCACGGGCUACUACUGAAGGAGACUAUAUUGAAAAUCCCCAAUAACACCUGCUACUAUGAGGAAUACAGUGUCCAUGUAUUAAAUCUCUUGGCAGCUUCCUGAUUAGCUUUUGAUUUUAUCCCAUUACUUAUGCCUGAGGGAAAAAAAUACGGCCAGUUUAAUUAAAAAUCACCAUGCUGUGAAAAAACAGUAAAUGAAAAAUCCCCAUAAGGACAAAUAUUAUAAGCAUGUUUGGUUUAUACCAGUAACUGUUACAGUAUAUUCAACCAAAGAAUCCUGGGAACUGUAAGCUAGCUUUAAGUACUUGUAACCUGAAUAUCUGAAGGUAUUUCUAGUCGUAAAUGAAUUAUUUGCGACUAAUAAAGCACUUUAAACUGGAAGUUUA